CUCUCAUUUGGGGAGCUUGCAUGUCGCCUCCUCCGCCUGCGCCUUGGUCUGCAAACCGUCAACUGUCAAAAGCAACGGCACAACCACAGCCCCCUUUUUCCCGUACUUCCGUCUUCUCUGCUCUCUUCUUUACUAUCAACGGCUUUUCCGCCUCGUUGUAAAUUUUAGACCUUUUUGCCAAACCGUAGCACAGCACACAUCACACCGCCCCAAUUGCCCGACCUGUCCUUCCUCUCUCUUCCCUGGCCGGCUCCCUCGUCCCGAAUGUCUUGCUACCCCCCAUGUCUGCUGACCGUGAAUAAAGUAGGGGACCCAAGCCCCCAAGUCGAGAAAGCACGGGCUCCUAGCAGGCAGCUAGCCGAACUCUAGGCCGACCGAUUGGGGAAAAGAGAAAGAAAAACCCGCAGCGGGCAUGCACGCGAUGCGAAAUGCAGGCAAAAGAGAAGAGAGAUGCACAAAAUGGAUCAGAGGAGGGAUCUUGUUAGAUUGAAUGUCUGGGUGCCCGACCCGGCCUGGGUAGCCGCCAUGGGCCUCUCCUCUCCCCCCCUGGUUUGGUGCAAAUUUCAUGGGGAAAGCAAGGUCGAUGGCCCCAGAUCCUCUCCGAGUACCACACCGCAAUAACAGAUGGUUUUGCCAGCCGAAUGAAGUCCAUUCUGUCUUGAAUGUACCAUAGCCGGGCAUUGAUGGAUUGAGAUUUGGCUUCUUGCUCCCUGUGAUUUCAGCAGCACCAGGAACCAGCUGAGCUGCAACGAUAAAGCAAGAAAAUGCAAGAUCCAGUCACGCCUCGAAAUAGCCCGUAAUUCGACCCGCGUCUCU